AUGCCUCGCGUGUUUGCUCGUGUGGACGAUGUUUAUUCACCGCCAUUUUUCAUCGUCAGAGGAGGUACCAACACCGUCACAAUCCCUCAGAUCACCCACAACGACUCUUCUCCGCCGUCGUCAUCUUCGCUUGCGACUUCUUCACUAAUAAUCAUCAUCAUCGCCUCCUCUAUCAUCGUCACUGCCUCUCUCUACCUUCUCCUCCGUUUCAUCACUCGCCACUGCAACAACCGCUCCUUCGCCGCCGUAGAUGACGUCGUCUCCUCCAGAAACAACCGCGACGAUUCAAAUUUUGAGCAGCGAAACUCCUCCAACGAUUUGAUCAACUCUCUUCCUCUCUUCACUUUCGGUUCCGUCACCGGAAACAUCGGCGACUGCGCUGUGUGUUUAUCGAAGUUCGAGAGGAACGAUAAGCUACGGUUACUUCCUUUGUGUUGUCAUGCUUUCCACCCUGAUUGCAUUGAAGCGUGGCUUUCGUCCAAUCAAACGUGUCCGUUGUGUAGGUCCGCUGUGUAUCCUACUGAGGAAGAUGUACUGAAUCAAAUCAUUUCGUCCAACAGUUUCCGGAUUGAGAUCGGAAGCGUGAGUCGACGACGAGGUAGGUCCGAUUCCAGCGAUGGUCGAAGAUCGUACUCAAUGGGCUCGUUCGACUAUAUUGUCGACGAAGGCUACGAAGUCUCCGUAGAUUCCACACAUCGGCGAGGACUCUCUGAUUGUACUUCCGUUAGCAUGGACUCGGCCGGAGUACCGGUAGUGGUGAACGCGCCGCCGGGAGAGAAUUUAGCUUCUGAAGUCGCUGGACGAAGCUGGCUGAGAGACUACGUGGAUGGACUCGCGGGAACAGUUUCCGGAUUGAGAUCGGAAGCGUGA